UUCCUCAGGUCAACGAACUUUCAUACAGUUGAUGAACUAGUUCAAAAGACCAAUCAUCACCAUGAAUCUGUCAUCGUCGUCAAAAAAGAAGCGGGGCUUCCACAUGAAGGAGUCGGAGCUGAUGUGCAAGAAUGGAUGCGGCUUCUAUGGCAACGUGGCGUGGCAGGGCUACUGCUCCAAGUGUUGGCGUGAGGUGUGCCAGAAGUCCCGGCAGGCGCAGAUAGAGAGCGACGCUUUGCUUGCUCGCAAAAUUGCGGACAGCGAGCGUGCCCACUCGCUGCAGCCCGCCUCGGGCCAGAGCAACGAACCGCUGACCUUUGACAAGUUUGAGGAGAAGAAGAAACAGCAAUCGUCCACCCGCAGCAAAGCGGUCAAGACGUUCUUUGGUAAAACUGCCAAGAGUCCAAACAAGGAAAUGGUUGGCCAGCAUCCUCCCAUGGAGCGCAAGCACAGCACAGAGAGCCAGAAGGCCAUGGGCGACUUCAUGGAGUUCCUGAAGAUGCUGAACCGUCCGGCCGCCCAGGACCUGAACAAGCAGUGCCGGCUCUUCGUGGAGAAGAUCCAGCGCGCCACCCACCUCAGCGUGGACGAGCAGUCGGAGAUGGUGCAGGACUUCUAUGCCGCCAUGGGCGAACGCAUCAAGAGCCAUGUAGCGUUCAAAGGUAAACUCGCGCAAGGGUCGUCACAAGAUCAGUUGGAAGGCAUGCUGGACAACAUAGAGAAGGUCAUCAUGACCCGCUUGUACCGCACGCUCUUCUGCCCGCCGUACACGGACGACGAGCAGAAGGACCUAGCCGUCCAAAAUCGCAUCCGACGUCUGCGAUGGAUCUUGCCUGCCAUGCUGGAUGCAGUCAUUGAUGAGAGUAGCCCCAGGGUGAGAGAGCUGAUCGAGAGAGCCCAAACAGACCUCAUCGAAGUCAACUCUCGUCGAGCGCCCAUCGACAAGCUGUCCUGCAUCGUGCGCUGCAGCAAGAACAUCUUCAAGAUCAUCAGCUUAUCCCAGGAUGCACCGGCGAGUGCAGACGACUACCUGCCUGCCAUCAUCUACAUGGUGCUUAAAGCCAACCCGCCCCAACUGCACUCCAAUAUUCAGUACAUCACCAGGUUCGCAAACCCGUCCCGGUUGAUGCAAGGCGAAGCUGGAUACUACUUUACAAAUGCGUGUUGUGCCAUCAGCUUCAUAGAGAACCUGGAUGCACAGUCGUUGUCACUGACCCAAGAGGAAUACGACAGCUACAUGGCUGGCGAGGCCGUGCCGCCGGGAGGCCUGUCCCAGGAGCCCAUCUGUGACGGACUGCGAUUGAUGUAUGCCAAUCUCACGUCCCUGGAGGAGCUACGAGGACGGCAGGACCGACUGAUGAAGAGCGCCAAGGAGCUGCAAGCCGAGAUGACCGCCUGGAAGGACAGCGUCAUCAAACAGGUGGAUGACGUUUUGAGAGAAAAACCCUUGAUCAUCCGGAGGGCCAAGGUGCCCGCAGGACUGGACACAGAGAUAUCCAGCACGUCACAGAAUCUACCAGCCCCGCUUGUGCCAGAGGUCGUCAACAAAUGAGGAAUUUACGUAUGCCAUUUGUAGGAUUCGUUGAGGGCGCUCUUGCCGAGCACCAGGGACAAGUGGACGAUAUCCAGAAUGGCACAGAAUCUUCCAGCCCCUCUCGCACCACAGGUCGUCAACAAGACAAAGUUAUCGGGGAUGUCACCGAAUCCCCCACUUCCUCAUGUGGCCUCUGUGGCCUUUUCAUUAGGACCCCCAGUGUUCAGUGAGGGGAACUUGGACUUUUGGCCGUUUGGUGUGGAGUGUGCAAAAUUUGUGUCAUCUGAACAUGUAUAAAUCUGUAUUAUCUUCGCAUGGGUGCUAGGUGCGUGGCAGCAAUUGCAUAAAAGUGUCAGUCAUAUCUAACUCUUUGUUACCGAUGUGGAUAUACUUGCACAUGGGCUUCAUCACAGGUUACUUUUCCAAUGGGAGUGUGAAAUGAAGCACUUGUACUUAUAACAUGUAUAAUGUAAAUGUAUAGGCUUAUUUUCUACUUGACUCCAGAGGGUCAGUGUAUAACAGUGGCAUAGUCGGGGGCCGCCCGAUAGUCCGAAGGUCCGAUAGUCCGAAGG